AUGUCUGGCUUUAAGGUGUUCAGGGUCAUUCGCAUCACGCGGAUCAUCAAGACUGCGCGGUUAGUGCGGAUUUUUCGAUUCGUCAUCGCCUUGCGAACCUUGGUCACUUCCAUUUUUCACACUCUCAAAGCGCUCUUUUGGGCGUUGGCGCUGCUGGUGCUCAUUGUGUACGUCUUCGCGGUUCUGUUUACACAAAUUGUGCAUGACUACCACCUGGACCACGACGGAGCGCAGCAUCGCAUGAAUGAAGCCGAGCAGCUUGCAAGCGCACGCUACUUUGGCUCUUUGCCAAACACCAUGCUCAGCCUUUUUAUGAGUAUUGCUGGUGGAGUCAGUUGGGAAGCGAUAUUGCGGCCUUUGAUCGCCAUCGACAUGCUGUGGGCCUUUUUCUACCUGUUUUAUAUAUCAUUUACGUAUUUCGCGGUCCUCAACGUUGUCACAGGUGUGUUCUGCCAGUCCGCCAUUGAGAACGCCCAGAAAGACCAUGCCGCCAUGGUGCAGUCGAUCCUGGAAAACAAAGCACAGCAUAUGGACAAGGUGAAAGCGCUCUUCAGCAAGCUUGGGGCGGAUGACACUGGGCUCAUCACUUUCGACAUGCUCGAGGAGAAGUUCGAUACCCCGGCGGUGAGUGAGUAUUUCGAAAGUCUGGGCUUGGACGUCUCCGACGCUUGGAGCUUCUUCAAGCUUUUGGACAUGGAUGGAGGCAUGCGUCUGAGUGACUAG